UAUUUCAAGUCUAAGCCCCAAAGAGAACCAUGGAACGCUGGCAGAAUCGCGUGGCCGUCGUCACGGGCGCCAGUUCGGGCAUCGGCUCGGCCAUUGCCAAGGAUCUUGUCCUGGCCGGUAUGACGGUGGUGGGCCUAGCCCGUCGAGUGGACAGAGUCAAAGAGCUGGUAAAGCAGCUGCCGGCGGACAAGCAGGGCCGGCUCUUCCCCCUCUACUGCGACGUGGGCAGCGAGUCGUCGGUGAACGAGGCCUUCGACUGGAUCAUCAAGAAGUUGGGCGCCGUCGACAUCCUGGUGAACAACGCCGGCACCCUGCAGUCCGGCUACCUGGUGGACAUGAAUCCGGCCACGAUGCAGCUGGUCCUGCAAACCAACAUCAUGGGCAUCGUCCUGUGCACGCAGCGGGCCGUUCGCUCGAUGCGGGAGCGCAAGUUCGAUGGCCAUGUGAUCCUUAUCAACAGCAUCCUGGGCCACAAGACGAUGACGGCUAUGGAGGGCGUGGCCCCGGACGUGAACGUCUAUCCGCCCAGCAAGCAUGCGGUGACAGCCUUGGCGGAAGGCUACCGCCAGGAAUUCCUCGGUCUGGGCACCAAGAUCAAGAUCACAAGCGUCAGUCCUGGCGUGGUGGACACUGAAAUCCUACCGGACAGCAUCCGGGAGGUCAUCAAGGACCGUAUGCUGCAUUCCGAGGAUAUUUCCCAGGGUGUCCUGUACGCCAUCUCCACGCCGCCUCAUGUCCAGGUCCACGAGCUGACCAUCAAGCCCAUUGGGGAAACUAUGUAGAGCUACAUCCUUGAGAGGAUUACGUUUUUGAACAUUUUUUUGUAUUUUUUUUUGUUUUUCAUGUAUCCUUACACCUGUAGACCCUUAAGCACAAAAAUAAAUGAAAUAAUCAAUUUAAA